CAAAUUAGGGCCCAAAAAGUUUCCAAUUUCUUUGCAGUUCAACUGUUCAAUUACACCGCUCACUACCAUUCCUUCAUUAUUGAGAUCGCCGUCGAUCUAUCAGAAAUGGUGAGAGAAUCGCUGAAGAAUCUGGUGUCGAAAUCUCUCUCAUACGCCGGAAAAUGGCAGCAACAGCAGCUUCGCUGUCUCAAUCUCCACGCUCAUCAGGUGGUAGCUAGAAGUCAUGUCCAUGCUGGUGGUCGAGGAUGGGGAACAUUAAAAGAUGGGUUCAGAGGUGGAGAUUAUAUGGCAAAAGCAGAUCAGGCUGCAGACUUAACUGUUUGUGUUGGUUGGACUCCCCCAUCUUGGGAACAUGCACAUGCACCCUCUGUUACCCGGACUCGGCAGUUUUUGGCAUAUACCCGAGUCGGCACGACACGACACCGACUCGGGUAUGAAAUACGAGUCAGAUCCUCCAUAUUGCACUCGGACACGGCAAAACCUAAUUCUAACGCGAAGAGGAGAAGAGAAGAAGAGGAGAAGAGGAGAACUUACCUGACAGCCGAUAGGAGCUUCGAACUCGCCGGAGCCGCCACCGCCGGCUCCAUUGGUGGCUGGAAAGGCAGUCUCGUGGGAGCAAGGAUACAUACAACUGCCAUCAAAGAGGCUGAGUUUUUUGGGACCUCAAGAUCUGCGAGUUUUGUGAAGGGGAUAGCAGGGAUCUUAGAUGAAGAUAGAAAGGAGUCAAUGGGAGGUUCUCAAUACCGGCAAAACACGGAAGGUCAACAACGGCACAACACUGAAGAAAAGCCGGAUAUUGUACACAUUAAGUUGAUCAAGAAUAAUACUUUUGUCACCAUUACUGACUUUAAGGGGAACAAAAAGGUUGGAGCAUCUUCAGGAUGCCUAGAGGAAAUGAAAGGUGGUCCUAAGCUUUCUCGAUAUGCUGCUGAAGCAACAGCAGAACAUGUGGGAAGACUUGCAAGAAAUCUUGGGUUGAAAUCAGUUGUCAUGAGAGUAAAUGGGUUCACUCACUUCAAAAAGAAGAAACAGGCAAUCCUUGGCUGGAGAGAAGGCUACACCUUUGGUAAAGGAGAUCACACUCCGAUUACAUUUAUAGAAGAUACCACUCGGCUUGCACAUAAUGGAUGCCGACUUCCAAAGAAGCGCCGUGUCUGAGUAGUUAUGGGGCAGGAUCACUUAUGGAUAAGUUGGGUAUCCGUCUUAAUAUUUUGUGAAAGUUUUAUGCUCAAUCUUUAGUAUCUCUCUGUGCUAGAUUCAUAUGUUCAAGGAACCUUUGAGUUAUGAGCCGAAUAACGCGUUCUCCUAAUGCUCAUGUGAUUUGGCUUAGAUUCGUAGGUGUUUCAGGAAUUUGUGUUCCCGAGAACAUAGCAGUCAGCUGUGUAAAUUUGAUUUCAUCUUGGUAUAUUCGGAAAGUAGUGUGUAACAAGAACAACAAUUCAAAACACAGUGGGAUGUAGACAAAUUAAGGGAAUGAAAGAAACUUGCAACCCAAUACUCUAAUCAUUAGGAAGAGGGCAUGUUUGGAUAGUAAUAGUAUAACAUAAUGAUUGUGCAAUGAGAACAUCCCUCUUUGAUUAUGGAGUACUUUGUUGGCCAGAUUAAUCAUGCAGCAACUUGUUUUGUUA